AUUAAAAAACACAAUGAAACAGACAUUUCUUUUGCCCUUUAACUUGAGAUGGUAGGAAAAAACUAGUUCGUAGUGUCCACUAGAGGCGCCACUAUAAGACAACAAAUCAAACACUGAAAAAGCAAAUAAAGUGAACAAACAAAUGCAAUAAAUUUGUGUUAUAGGUUACGGUACAUUUUUUGUGAUACACGCAUUAAAGAAGACCACGUCUCCAGGUCUGAGCUUUUUCUUUAAUUUAUCAACUUGUACACGGAAACAUGUCCAAGUCCUCGGAAAAUGAACUGUACGGUACAAAUCUCUCAAUGGAAUCGAUGAAAGUCAUCGCUGAAAGCAUAGGCAUAGGAAAUCUUCCAGAUGAUGCAGCCAAAGAGCUAGCCGAAGACAUUUCCUUCAAACUCAAACACAUCAUACAAGAUGCUGCAAAGUUUGUACACCAUUCAAAAAGAACAAAACUAAUGCCAAGUGACGUCGAUGCCGCUCUAAAAGUGAAAAAUUUGGAGCCUCAGUACGGUUUCCAAUCGUCAGAACCCCUACCAUUCCGUUUUGCAUCAGGAGGUGGCCGCGAACUACAUUUUAUUGAAGAAAAAGAAGUUAAUUUGAACGAUUUAUUACAAAAUUUGAACGCUAAAGCUCCGCUCGAGGUUUCAUUGAGAUCACAUUGGCUGUGCAUUGAUGGGGUGCAACCAACGAUUCCGGAGAAUCCACCACCCGUGGCAAAGAAUAUACAAAAGUUGGAGUCGGUUGAUCCAAUUAAUAAAAAACCAGCAAAAGAAACGUCAGGGAAACCAACUACAGGUAAACAGAAGUUGAGGAAUGUGGAAACGGUGCAGAUUAAGCAAUUAGCGACACACGAAUUGUCUGUGGAACAACAAUUGUAUUAUAAAGAAAUCACUGAAGCUUGUGUUGGUUCUGAUGAAGCGAGGCGAGCUGAAGCGCUACAGAGUUUGGCUUCGGAUCCAGGCCUACAUGAAAUGCUGCCAAGAAUGUGUACUUUCAUUAUCGAAGGUGUUAGAGUCAAUGUCGUUCAGAAUAAUCUGGCCCUUCUUAUUUAUUUAAUGAGGAUGGUGAAAGCCUUGUUGGAUAAUCAGUCGCUGUAUCUCGAAAAAUAUUUGCAUGAACUGAUUCCAUCAGUAACCACUUGCAUCGUUUCCAAACAACUGUGUAUGCGUCCAGAACUCGAUAAUCACUGGGCGCUUCGCGAUUUCGCGUCACGACUCAUGUCACAAAUCUGCAAAAAUUUCAACACCAGCACAAACAACAUUCAGACUAGGAUCACCAGAAUGUUUACAAAUGCACUAAAUCAAGGCGAUAAAGUUCCUCUCUCUUCACUUUACGGUGCUCUGGAAGGUUUAUCAGAGUUGGGAGCGGAAGUUAUCAGGAUUUUUGUUUUACCGAAAUUGAAGUUGAUAGGCGCUAGAAUUGAAACACACCUUCAAGGUUCCAUUACUUCAAACAUUGAAAAAAUUGCAUCGGAACACAUUAAACAGUUAUUGAUUAAAGUAGUGGCGCCGGUUUUAAAAAAUAUCAAGAACUCGCCAGACUAUGUUGAAGAAUAUAAACAAGAGUAUGGAUAUUUGGGACCUGCAUUACAUGCUGCUGUUUUAAAAGCGCGUACGCAGCCGACGCCGUCGACGACGGCGGCUUGUAAUAUUUCAACUUCUUUAACUAACGUUAGUGCCACUAUUACGAGGACUGUCGGUCAGCCGUCUCAAAUACUACAACAGCACCCGCAACUCGUGCAGAACACCGCCGGUCCCCAGCGAACCAUCAUGAUGAACCAGACCGGAAGAGUAACCAAUCAAAUUAACAACCAAAAAAUUCUCUUUGUGACGCAACGGCCACCAACGCCCGGAUGUCAGCCGUCACCGCAACCCCAACAAAACACCGUUGUCAAGUUCGUGUCGAAUACAAACACGCUGAACCAACAGAAAAUGGUAACCGCCCAGAAACUGGGAAUCACGCACGCUGCACAGGCGGGCCAAUCUCCCAUUUCCGUGGUCUCGAAAAGCAGCUACCAACAAGCUCCCACGAAAAAACCCGAGCAAAUGCAACCGCCCACGAGUAUUGACGAUUUAUCUCAUUUAGUGUAAGAGUAGAUGUAGUGCAAUUAUUUUAAUUUUUUAUUAUUUAAAUAACGGAUUUAAUAGAGAUGUUUUUUACUGCCUUAAA